CUCCAGGCUCCUCUUCUUCUCCAACGCCUACCGCGGUGCCACCCCGCAGCAGCCAAUGGCGGAUGCCGCCGCCGAUCUGCGCCGGAGGAUGAAGGAGCAGCGCGCCGCCAUCCAGCGGCGGUUCAUCGACUCCCGGAACUGGGCCGCCGCCGCCUCCUCGGCCUUCAGUGCCGCCCUCCUCGAGGCGCGCUCCAUCGCCAACCAGACCGUCUCCAACCGAGCAAAACUCAGCGAACAAAAACAACAUCUCCGGAAGUUAGAAUCAGAUCUAGCACAGGCCCUCUCCGUCCAAACAAGCAGAAGGUCAAAACAUAAUCUCAUGACUGAGUCGAUUUUAAAAACCACUGCAACAAAUGAGCAGCUCACACACUUGGUUACGGGUCGUAGGGCUACAAGAGAUGAAUGCAUGAAUGCCAUAUCAAUUCAACUCAAAGAUAUUGAAUCCCUUGAAUCUGAAAGUGACACAAACGAGGAUAAGAACUUAGAGAAAGCUCUUAUAUGGUACAAUAAGUUUCUUGGUUUUCAAGUUGUUGGAGGAGAAGGCGUGAAAUUUAUGUUCAAUAAAAUUGAUGUGCAAAGUCCUGACAAGGAGUGCUAUUUUUGCGUAAAGCUUGUUGAAGGAAGAUACACAUUAGUACAAUGUGUUCCCUCUGUGGAUGGCGCUGAAGAAUUGGUGAAGGAUCUUAACUGUAAUAAUGAUCUUUACAAAUUUGUGAGGGUCGUGAGAGACAGACUCCAGGCUGCUAUAAUCAGUGGAAAUAUGUUGUCAAGCUCAUUUUGCGCUGACUUAUCAUCAAUAACAUCUUCAUCAUUCUCAGCGUCAUCACUGGAUUCCACAAGUGAAAACAACAUUAAUCGAAGUCAGUCAAAGAAUCAGGAAUGUCCAGUUAAAGGGCUAGCAAAAUCACUUGCCAUGUAGCAAAAUCAUCUGAAUGUGGGAAGGAAACGGGAUCUACACUUGAUAGACAAGGGGAUUCUCCAUCUCGAGUUCCUGUUUGAUCUGCCCAAUAGCAUUGGGAUGUGGAGAUCUGUACAGUAAAAGUUAAAGCACUUGUGGUGGACCCCUAUGUUAUGCACACUAGCAAUAGCGACGAUGUACAGUGUUGUCUGCUGAUUGCAUUUCUGACUCAAAAAACUGGCGCUGUACGUCAGUUUUGUAUUACUAACAAUGGUAAUGUAUAAGCGCUUGAGCAUUUGUUUUCA